GGAUGUGAUAACAUAAUCCGGCUGUACGAUUCCGAGGUGACUCCCAGAUAUCUAUUUAUAAUCAUGGAGAAUGGCGAGAUUGACCUGGCGCACAUGCUUAGGAAGUACAAGGGUGGCAAGUUCGACGAUGAGAACUAUCUCAGGCUAUACUGGCAGCAGGUAGGUAAAGCGGCUCGAGCUGAAG